AGAGUGGAGGAAGAGAAAAGAGAUGCGUGCGUUUAAAUGUGAGAGAGAUAUUACAGGGAGGGAUGAUGAUAAGAAGAGGGUUAUGAAAAUUUUACAGGAUUUAGACGUGAAAGAGAACAUUUCCAUCCUUCCAAUAGUUGGUAUUGGCGGGCUUGGAAAAACGACUCUCGCUAAAUCUGUGUAUGAAGAUAGUAAAUUUGACUUGAAAAUGUGGGUUUGUGUCUCUGAUGACUUUGACAUGAAAAAAAUAAUGAAAGACAUUAUAGCUUGUGCAAAGGGGAAAGAAUCAAGAGAGGUUGCACCGGAACAGUUGCCAAGUGAACUGAGGGCAACAAUUGAUGGAAAGAGAUAUCUCUUAGUUUUAGAUGAUUGGUGGAAUACAGAGCGAGAAACAUGGCUGGGCUUGAAAACUUUAUUGGUCGGAGGUGCUAGAGGGAGCAAGAUCCUUAUAACUACACGUCUUCCUUCGGUUGCGAUGAUCACCGGUGCUCCGCCUUAUCUCCUUGAGGGCUUAUCUGAAAGUGCAUCUCUUGAUUUAUUAUUACAAAUGGCUGAUCGAAAAAUAGAGGAGAUACAAGAAUCUGACAUGCUAGCCAUUGGCAAAGAGAUAGUUAGAAAGUGCUCUGGGGUCCCAUUGGUUGUUCGAAUUGUCGGCAGUUUACUAUUCUUUAAAAAAAGUAAACAUGAAUGGUCACAAUUCAAAGAUAACGAGCUUCCGGAUGUGUUUCAAAGGGAAGACAGCAUAAAAUCAGUUCUUAAACUUAGUUAUGACCAUCUUCCUUCACAUUUGAAACAAUGUUUCGCAUUUUGUUCAUUGUUUCCCAAAGAUUAUGAGUUAAAGAAGCAGACUUUGGUCGAUCUUUGGCUGGCAGAAGGAUUUAUCCGGCAAUCAAAUACAAGUCAGCAUUUAGAAGACAUUGCUCAUGGAUAUUUCAUGGAUCUACUAUGGAGUAACUUCUUCCAAGAUUUUCAAAAAGAUCCACUCACGAACGAGGAGACCUACAAGAUGCACGAUUUGAUGCAUGAUCUAGCUUGCUUAGUUGCAGGGACCGAGUAUUGGGUGGCAUUGGACGACGCAAAAUCCAUACAUGAAAGAGCUCGUCAUUUAUCUCAUCGUUUAAAUUCCAAUAUUAUGGGUAAACUUCCAAUCUCACGCUUGAAAGCAAGUCCCCUGAGAACAUUUCUGUCUGUCGCUAGAUAUGGGGAAACUAGAUCAAGAGGACCAAUAAGUGAAGCAGAUCUACGCCUACUCAUUCAAAGUUUCAAAAAGUUACGCAUAUUGGAUCUGCAUGACACAUGUGUGGGGGAGGUGCCAAGGUCCAUUGGUAAGUUGAAGCAUCUCACGUAUCUCGAUCUCUCUGACAAUUUUGAACUCAAAAGGCUUCCUAACUCCAUUACGAGAUUGCAGAAUUUGCAAACACUUAAUCUCAAUUGUUGUGUCCACCUUAAAGAAUUGCCGAAGGAUAUAAGGAAGUUAGUCAACCUUCGAAAUCUAGACAUAUAUGAAUGUAAUGAACUUGGUUAUGUGCCAUACGGACUAGGGCAAUUGAGUUAUCUGCAUAGGCUAACGCGCUUCAUUUUGCCCAAAGAUAAAGCUCUUGCUAAGGAUUGUUGCGAGCUUGGGGAGCUAAAUGGGCUUAAUGACAUUCGAGGAAACCUUAGCAUUGAAAAUUUGGGAAGCGUGACGGAUGUGGUAGCAGAAUCCAAGGCAGCGAACUUGAUAGGAAAGCAUUAUCUGGAAUCUUUGCAACUUAAAUGGGGCGAUUUCGAUACCGAUGAUGCAAUAAUCGGGGAUAGAGAUGAUGAAGCGCUGUUAGGUGGACUGCAGCCGCAUUCAAAUCUACAGUACUUGACGAUCUGGGAAUAUAAAGGUGAGAGCUUUCCAAAGUGGUUGACGGAAAACCUUGCGCCUUCCUUGCCAAAUUUAGUCGAGGUACGCAUCUUCUUUUGCGGAAGAUGUAAACGUCUCCCUCCACUAGGCCAACUACCUCGCCUCAAGUUUUUAUCGAUUUGGAGGAUGCCUGAAUUGGAAGACAUCGAGCCAAGCCAUUCAUCGACUUCAACACCACCAUUUCCUAGCCUAUUGGAAUUAUGGAUCGAUGGCUGUAUGAAAUUGAAAGCCAUGCCACAAACUCCGCAUCUCGAGAAAUUGAUGCUGGCUGAGUCCAACCCAGCAUUGAUAAAUAUGAUAUUUGAGCUUAAUAAAUUGAAGAGCCUGGAAAUCAGGUAUACGGAGCUUCCAGAAUGUUUGCUUGAGGAGUGUUUGAAAAGCCUCACCUCCCUCGAAUCUCUUCGCAUCGAUAGAUGUCAUCGGUUAACUUCCCUCUCACCGCAGCAUCUAUCGAACCUCGUGGAUCUCCGUAUUUGGAAUUGUAAGGAGUUGGAUUUAUCCAAAGGCGAAAGCGGCAACAUCAACAACGACUUGGAUUUCCAUGGAGGACUUCAGAAUCUCCGCUCCGUGGAUCUCAGUCUCCUUCCAAAACUGGCGUCUCUCCCGCGGUGGCUUCUACGGGUCCGCAAUGUCGAGCGCCUCCAUAUUGGCGGGUGCGACAAUUUGAAGGAUUUACAAGAUCUCGAGGCCCUCCAAUCGCUUCAGCGGCUCACAAUCCUCGCGUGCCCCUCGCUGACGUCAUUACCCGAAGGAAUGCGAAGGCUCGCAUCCCUUACUUACCUGGGCAUCUUCGAUUGCCCAGAAUUGGAGAGGAGGUGCAAUAGAGAUGGAGGCGAGGACUGGGACAAGAUCGCUCAUAUCCCCCGCAUACGACUUGGAUGGGGGUAGAUCGAGCCCCUAAUUUUCUUUACUGAAGGCACGCGUUCGCUCUCGCUUGCUUCUGGACACAGAGGGAGAGAGGAGGUUAUCGCGCGACCAAUACUCUACUAGGAUCAUCUUCGUCGACGAAGGAGUCGAUGAAAUCACACUCAUCCUGGCAUGUUUUGAUGACGGGAACCGCCGUCGUCCACGGCCUCCAAGGCUUCACCGCGCUACAAUGUCUCGUUCCUCCUCCCGCUUGCAACAUCGAGAAGAUGACGUCUCUGUCGUCCCCCGUUCCAGCAGCAGCAGCAACAUUUGCUCAUAUUCUGUUCUCCUUAGCCUCGCACGUGCCUGGUGUCGUGCAACGCGAGCUCGAUGAUCUUCUCCCGUCGGUGACUUCUCGAUUUUUUUUUACCGGGCCCCGCCGAGAAGCUGCGCCGGCGACGUUGCGGUUCCAUGUCGCGCGCCGGACCGGUAUCUCGCGAUGGUCUCGACCUCUCCAAGUCUUCAGGCUGUGAAGUCCGAAGAGCUCAGAGAUGCGUUAAAAUGUGUUCUGUUUUUGCACAGAUCACCAAAUGUUCGUUAAAAUGCCCGAACGAAAUCGGAAUACAAUUUUGAGAAGCAUUCUUAUGCUUUAGUGUCUGGAAUGAUCGUUGUGUAAUAUAUACAUGUUCGACUCA